AAUUUGUCCAAGUUUUGAAGUUUAUUGUUAUUGUUCGGCUUCGGCUGCACACUCGGAUCUCCGUCAGGUGGAGAAACGCGAUUCCGCCCUGUAUGUAUUAUUCUUCCUCAAGGCCCUUGGCCCUGAGAUGCUUUGGUCGUUGAGCCGAAUUCGAGUGGAAGCCGUUUUCAACGCCUCGUUUCCACGACAUUAAUCAAUUCGCCGUGCCGUUCGGCCGAUGAAUUUUUAAUCGGCGGCUCGCCUGGAUAUCCGAAUCGAGCGAACGGCUUAUCGAAAUGUCGACCGGCCAAACGAAAGGAAGAGGGAGGCCUGCGAAAAAUAAACCGAGCUGUCACUGGUGCUCGGAGACGAAAGUGUCGCUGAAGUACAUCCUGCCGACUCAGUACGGAAAAAAAGAGUUCUGCUCUGAAACUUGCCUUUCAGAAUUCCGCAAGGGAUAUCACAAGUGCGCUUGUUCUCAAUGUGAUAAUGUUAUAAGGAGUGUUCCUAUCCGACUUGAAAUAGCAGAUUCUCCAAAUUUGAACUUUUGUUCGAAGGUAUGCUUAGAAGGGUACAAAUCCAAGAAUAAAAUUUCAGAAGAAAAACUUGAAGGGAAUGAAGAUACCCCUGUGGAGAAAGUUAAAAAAGAACCUGCACCAGGACAGACUCCGACUUCCCCGGUAGCUACACCACCAGCACCAUCGACUCCAGCAUUUAUUCCUUCGGCUCAGCCCGCUACCCCAUCGUCGACAACCACAACAUCCACCCCUGCAGGAACUCCGUCUUUCCCUCUUGUUCCAUUCCAGACCUUCGAUUGGGACGCUUACCUUAAAGAGACAGACAGUAUUGCAGCUCCACAAGAAUGUUUUCAACAAAGUGAAGUUCCUCCUCCGAAUGAGUUUAAAAUUGGCAUGAAACUCGAAGCUUUGGACCCAAGAAAUUUAACUUCAACUUGCAUCGCUUCAGUUGUAGGAGUGCUUGGUCCGAGGUUACGCCUCAGGCUCGAUGGAAGUGACAAUAAAAAUGAUUUUUGGAGGCUAGUCGAUUCAAAUGAAAUUCAUCCAAUCGGAUAUUGCGAAAAACACGGUGGUAUGCUUCAACCACCUCUAGGUUUUAGAAUGAAUGCUUCAUCUUGGCCGAUGUUCUUAUUGAAAACUCUCAAUGGGGCUGAAAUGGCACCCGCCAAAAUAUUCCAAAAGGAAACCCCUUCUCCAAAGACGAACAUGUUUAAAGUCGGUAUGAAACUGGAAGCUGUCGACAGGAAAAACCCCCAGCUCAUUUGUGCUGCUACGGUCGGUGCUGAAAAGGGAGAUCAAAUAUACGUUACAUUUGAUGGCUGGAGAGGUGCCUUUGAUUACUGGUGCAAUUAUAAUUCAAGAGACAUAUUUCCAGUUGGAUGGUGCGCCAAGAGCGGUCAUCCAUUGCAACCGCCAGGUCAAAAAGGUGUAACAGGUCCAAGUCGGUUCAAAGCGAAAGUGUGCAGUUAUCCAAUUAUGUCUAGCGACUCGGCAAAUGCGGCUUCACCCGGUUUGACCCUGCCUCCUGUCACAUUGCCUUCAUCGAUAUCUCCAAGUUCAACAUCAUCAGACAAUGUAUCUUCUUCGACCAAAGUUACAACAUCAGUCAGCAUUUUCGUUAAUAUUACAUGUUGGUGUGGGCCGUAUCUCGAUCCACGAAAACUGUCAGAGUUCCCAAGCCAGUUUGGGCCAGGCUUGAUAAACAAAGUCGCUCGUGAGUGUAUACAGAACUUAAUUGAUUCUGCCCUUGACCAAAAGCAAGUUUUUAACAUGUUGAGAGAAGGAAAUGGAAAAAUUAUUAUCACUGCAUCUUUUGACAAUAAAUCAGUUUCUUGUCAACUUGCCCCGAUUAACAAAGAAUCUGAAAUGUGGUCGACAAUCAAUUUACUCUGCGAAGAACUGCUUUGCUGUGCUAACUUUCUUUCCCCGUCUCCCAACUCACAAUGCCAGAAAUGUUGCAACAGGAAAAAAGAAACACCAGAAAAUCAAGUUCAGAGCACGGUUGAAAGCAAAACGUCGCCUGGAAAGGCCACUGCUGCUGUUAAUUCAGUUACAGUCAACGGUAACAAAAGAAGGUGUUCAGCUGAAAGUUCUUCAGACAGCAUAACCAAGCAUUGUGUCGUAAAACAGCCUCGGAAAACAGUACCAGUUGAAUUGGAAGCUGCUACUUCAACAACCCCCACGGAGUCUAUUCCACCAAAGUUGGCCGCCGAUCCUGCUGAAUGGUCGAUUGAAGAUGUAAUUGUACACAUUACAGUUACUGAUCCCGUUUUGUCAGUGCAUGCAGAGCUUUUCAGGCGGCACGAAAUCGAUGGCAAGGCGUUUCUUCUUUUAAACUCUGACAUGAUGAUGAAAUACAUGGGGCUUAAACUUGGACCAGCACUGAAGAUCUGCAACCUCAUUAACAAGAUUCGAGGUGGAAGGAGGCAUGCGAUCACGUGACCUGAAAAGCACGCUUCUGUAUAUAGGUUUUAAAAUUAGCUCCUUAAGUUUAUAUAUAGACAAAUUAAAUAGUUGAAUUAGUAAGUUACCAACAUUUGCCUGGCAAGUUUUGAAUAGACCGGUCACAUUUUUUGUUUCUUUUUUGAAAAACUAAAAUCAAGCUUGAAUUGUAUUGACUGAAUUUUAAACAA